GUUUGAAAAGGAGAGGCAGAGACAGUUAGACUUAGAGAGACAGAAGGAGUUGGAGAGAAUUAAGGAGAUGGAGAGAAAGCAAAUGUUUGAGUUUGAAAAACAGAAACAGAAUGAGAGAGAGAGGCAACAGCUUCUGGAGCUUGAAACGCAGAGACUAAGAGAGAAAAUGGAGAGAGAGGAGCAGGAGAAGAUGAGACAGCAAGCCAUACAACAGGAGGAAGACAGACAGAGAGAGUUGGAAAGGGAAAGAGUGCAAGAGUUGGAGAGAGAGAGGCAACGCGAUCUGGAAAGACAAAAACAGAGAGAGUUGGAGAGAGAGAGGCAACGCGAUCUGGAAAGACAAAAACAGAGAGAGUUGGAGAGAGAGAGGCAACGCGAUCUGGAAAGACAAAAACAGAGAGAGUUGGAAAGGCAGAGACAGAAACAGUUGGACUUUCAGAGACAGGAAUUGGAAAACCAGAGGGAUAGAAAAAGGGAGUUAGAGACAGAGAGACAGAGGGUAGAAGAACUGGAGAGAAUAAAGGAGAUGGAGAGAAGACAACUGUUUGAGUUUGAAAAACAGAAGCAGAAUGAGAGAGAGAGACAACUGCUUCAUGAGCUUGGAAAGCAGAGACUAAGGGAAAAGAUGGAGAGAGAGGAGCAGGAGAAGAUGAGACAGGUAGCCAUACAAGAGGAGGCAGAGAGACAGAGAACCAUGGAGAGGCAGAGGAGAGAGAACCAGGAGAGGGGGGUGCUGGACUCUUUACCUCUCAGACCUAAAAUGCUGGAUCUAGACUCUGGGUGCUGGUCUUUGGCUGACCUGCACUCCAGAGGCAGUCCCCACUCCCCUAGUGUCCGAUGGAAGCAGCCCUCUCCCUGGGCAGAUGACCACUACAGACCUGGUAUCCUGGACAUUGACUCAUUCAGGUCCCAGACCGAGACACAACCCUCGCCCACUAGAGAGGUGUUCCCUGUUACUGGCAUCCAGGGCUCAGACCCAGGUAAUGGGGUGAGAUCCCACUCUCCAGAAAGGGAAGGUGGCUAUAGGAUGGCUCCCGAGGGCGCAGUGGGGCGACCCAGUACUGUGUGGGCCCCCUCUCAGCAGAAGCUGUGGGAGCAGAGGCUAAGCAUCGACGAGGAAUCAGUGGAUAGGCCCAUGGCUGGACCAGAGCCACCCAGGAAGCCUGCCAAUAAACCCAGCCUGGAGCAGCUCCUCCACGGGCUGGAGGACAGGGCCACGGCCCCCAUCCUGGUCCCAGAGAGACGCUGGUCUGGUAUGCCCAGUGAACCAUCCUUCCCCAGGAGAGAGCCCCACAGCCCUGGGUCCCCCAUGGAGCAGACCUGGUUCCCCCAGGACUCAGAGCCCCAGGGGCACAGGGUAGAGGCCAGAGGACAGAGGAGAUCUCAGGGCUCCCAGGAGCUGAACCGGAUGAGGUCUCGCAGCGUGUCCCGUAGAUCAGCCCCGUCUGACAGUGCUGUGGAGGGGAGCCUUUCCAGGAUGAGGAGCAGGAGUACACAUAGAGAGAGAGGUGGACAGAGUUGGGAGCAGUUGAAGCAGAAUGUGGACGGUGAGGAGGGGAGGGACAUGGACACACUGGUCCAUGAGACGGACAGUCAGUACGGGACCUGGGAGACAGGACUGCACACUGAUGAUAGCCUAACUCCUGCCACGCCCACCUCAGACAGCCACCCCAGUCAGUCCCCUAGGAAACCCACUCCACUUUACACGCCAGGGGAACAUGUCCACACCCCGCCCAGUGACCUCGACACUCCAGAUGGCUUCUCUGCCCAGCCCGAGAUACAACCACUCCCCUUCCCUGAGGCCUCCACCAGCCUACUGGACUCCAGUGCUUUGCGCUCCAGGGUGCAGUUGAGUAAGAUGCGGGGGCCACGUUCACGCCCCUCCAGGGUCUCUCGUCAGACUGCUGCUCUGUCUGUACACCCAGAGGGACAGGCCACGCCUACUGAGGACUGGCGCUCUCGAGACUCCACAGAGGACAAAGUGGAGUCUUCCAAGAAGGACUCAGACUCUGAGGAGCAGGCGAGAGGAGCAGACCCCCACUCUGCUGCUGCCUCCUCCCAGCCCCAGAGAGUCGCCCUCUUCCCUGGGAUGGACCCGUCUGCCCUCAUGGCCCAGCUCAAGAAGAGAAGUGACUCUGACAAUCAGACAGAGGGACCCUCCACUUCUCCCUCCCAGUCAUCCCGUUCUCCUAAAUCCCCCUUCCUUCCCCGGGCGUCCCGUGUGCUGCCCCCCUCCGGAGGGAAAGAAGAUGGUGAAGAGGCCUCACCACAGUGGCUGAGAGAGCUGAAGUCCAAGAAGCGCUUGAGUCAGUAUGAAAAUGACAGCUAAGUGUGAAUGAUCAAGUUGCCUUAACUGAAGAAUCUGGUGGAGAAUCGGACAGUAGCCUUAACCUUGGACCCUGAGAAAAUGAGAGUUCUGCUGCUGACAUUGUUAAUUCGUCAUCUGUUUGUUUAUUUUCUCUGUUCUCUUCCUGCCUGGCUCAAAUCCAUGUGCAUGGUGCCUUCUUACAGACAACCUCGGUCUUAUGGAUGAAAAGAGCAAGGGGCUGCUCUGCUCAGAGCGUCCAGUUCACUGCUAGCUCCUCCACCUCCUGUGUCAGGGGGGUCUUUGCAUAAAGCCACUUUACCCUCUCACAUGACAGGGGAGACUACGGAAGGGGGGGGGGAUCCCAUUCUCUCCUGUCAGGUUGUUGUAUUUCAUUAAUGGUUAACUUGUGGGACCACAUGCCUCUUAACCUGGAAGUUAUUCAAUAAGCUGGAGGACAGUACAGCACCUCCACAAGACAUAUUUUUAUUUUGUUUUCUCUUUUUAAAUAUAAUUUUCAGGUUAGUCUAUGCGUUAACUGUAUCUGUCAGUGGAGGAGCGUUGGAAAAUAUUUCUGAUUUUAUUUUUUGUCAUGGAUCAUAGAGAACAAAACACUGCUGAACUAAUGGGCAGCCAGGGUGUAUUAUGUGUUACUAAUAAAUAUGGUAUCUGUAAUCAUGAAAUGUUAUAUUUGGUAUUGUUGCUAAUUUGAAAGCUGAAUCAUAACAUGUCAGAGUGCUGGGUUUGUAUGGAGAGCAUUUAAAGCAUCACUAUAGCAGAGGCCCCCAACCCCAUUCCUCUGAGCCACUCAGUGACUGAUGUCAUGAACUAACUGAGAAUCUGUUGUGUUGACAUCAUGCAGUCCCUUUAAACUUAUGGCUAAAGAGGAAUGCUUUGUGUUCGCUGUUUUUUCAAUCAUGUCUGAAUCUGUUUCUACUGGUGGAAAAGGGGAGGGGAAGGGUUAAUCACAAUGGAAAUCUACCUCCAUCUCAAUUACACG